AUGGCACAAGGCCCUCCAGACCGUUAUUUCCAAUUGAUCUCCACCGUGGCUUCGGAUCCACAGUGGAAAUGCUUGGUCUGUGGACGGCAGAUGCGCACAUAUGGCCAGCAUUCCAAAUCCAAGGCACACGCCGACGCAGUCGCACGUUACGAAGCUCGCGUUGCAGCCGAAAAUGUGAGGGUCCCAGGUCUCCAAGAGGACUUUGGAGACCCUUGCAUUUCAUCAGUCACCGACCAGGAAGACAUAUUCCUUGGAGAGGACCACGAUCUUAUGGACGCUAACGACCCCCCUGAUAUCAGUCCUCCGUCUCCCUUGUCCUUCCUCCGAGCCCUACAACUCGCGGAAGAGAAUCAACCUAGUGACUCUGAGCACUCUGAUCUCGAACUCGACUUCUACAAGCUCGCUGAAGCGGUGAACGCCAUGAACGAAGGGAUGGAAUACGACGACGAAGAAGCCGAUGAAGCCGCGCUCGAGUCCGAUUUGCGUACAACUCAAGUGCAAGAUGCUGCUGAAUGGUACCCAUUCAAGAAAAAAGAGCAUACUUUCACGAUCACAGUACCACCGUAUACGUUCGAUCUUGCGUAUCUGCAGUGUUCAACUGCCCGAGUGGGGUGCCUUGCGAGCGCUCAGUAA